UACUCUAUCUAUCCUUUCAAAAGCCUAAUACCUCUCCGAUACUUGCUCUCUUAAUCGCCGCCGGAGGUCCACACCCGCCGGAUUCCCGGACGUUUUCUCCGGCUAACUCUAUUGCGGCCAUCCAAGGUCAAACCCAGUUUUUUCUUGUGCUUAUUGUCUUUUUGGAAGCUUACUUUUUGUGCUUUUUGUUCUGAUUGGGUAACAACUGCGCCUUUGGUCUUGUAAAAUUAUAUAUCUGGAGUAGUACCCUGUUGCUCUCCUUUUCGUCUUCCUCAGACUCACUUCAUCAUCACUGACUUUGUUAGACACCACCGGAAUAGAUAGUCUACAGAAUUCGCCCCAGCAUACCUCUGACAGUUCUCUACCCAAACGUUGUUGCCAUAUUACCAAGUUUCUCCGAGUUUUCAACGGCUACUGGGCUAAAACUGGUUUCGGGAUUUCUUACCAGGGUUGUUCGUACAGUCUGCAAUUGCUACUACCAUCGAUUCGUCAACUCAAGUUGGUUUGAAUUUGUUGCACAGUUCAAAGUCCGGGGUAGAAAAUGGAUAUUGAAGUUGAUCAUUAUGCUGCUUUGGGUUUACCCUCUGGUGAGGAAGGGGCCCAACUUUCUGAGAAAGACAUAUCUAAAGCCUAUAAGAAGAAAGCACUAGAGUUGCAUCCAGACAAGAGGCGUGAUGACCCAAAUGCUCACUUGAACUUUCAAAAGCUAAAAACUUCAUACGAGAUUCUCAAGGAUGAGAAAGCUAGGAAGCUGUUUGAUGAUCUACUUCGUGUGAAACGUGAGAAGAUCCAACGCCAAUCACAACACGAUUCAAAGCGUAGAAAGAUGAUGUCAGAUCUCGAUGCAAGAGAGCGUGCUGCUUUUUCACCUGAUGCAAGUGUUCUAGCUCGAGAUGAGGAGGAACGAAUUGCUAGAAAACUUAAGGAGGAAAUUGCUCGAAUUCGUGCAAUGCAUUCAAAGAAAGUGUUUACUCCUAUAGAUCCUUUACAGAAAGAGGCACAUGCUAGAGCUAAGGAGAGUAGUACAGAAGGCAAUGGGAAUAGUGUAGACAGGGAAAAGGUGCUUAAGGUAUCUUGGGAGAAGAUCGGUGAAGACUAUACUGCCCAAAGACUAAGAGAGUUGUUUAGUGAGUUUGGUGAGGUUGAAGAUGUAGUAAUCAAGAGUUCUAAGAAGAAAGGCUCUGCUCUUGUUGUCAUGUCAUCUAAAGACGCAGCUAGAGCUUCUUGUGGAAAUGUCUUGGGGGAUCUAUCAAAUCCUCUCUUAAUUGUGCCUCUCCAACCUCCAAUGCCAUCUCCGUUUCCUAACGCUGAGAAAAAUGGAGAAUCUGAGGGCCCGAGUUUGAGUAAUCUUGUAGGUGCUGGAUACCAGAAAUUUGAAGACUCGGUAUUGGAAAAAAUGAGGAAGGCUGCUCAAAGGAAGAAAUAGCAUGCAGAAGCUUCAUCCUGUUCAAGUGCUGAGAUGAUGGCAUCUCUAGGUUGCCACAGAUAAAAAGAAGACAGAAUUUAAUAGUAAUUCUUUUAUCUUGUUUCAUAUAUUUCUUGCAUAUUUUACACAGUAUGGGGGUGUCAUUCCAGUUCUGACGGAUAGUUCCUUGUAAUCAUAUAAGAUUGAUUUCUAGAAAGUUAAAUUUCUUUUUGCUGGUCUCUCUGAAGCAGGUUUGUUGUCUGACAUGUACUUCUGGCACAAGAUAGGGCAGAGGAGAGAUUCAUCUAAAUUGUGCAAUGCCUGGUAUUCUGACAUGGUGUUUGCAAUACGAAUCACUCGAGUGUGCCAUGGAUUCAUUAAUAUUUUUCAGAAAACUUGCAAUAUGCCAAGACGAUGGAUACAUACUAAAGUGAGGGGUGUUUAAGUCAUCCUUGUAUUGUAUAUUAGACAGCUUUUGGAUUCUGUUAUGUGUUUAGCAGUGUUGUGUGUGUGGAUCAUCGGCACUUAUUCUUUUUUAGUUCGAUGAAAAUGAUUUCUUGA